AUGUUGUUUGCAGGUAUUUAUGUGAUCAUUAUAGUAACUAGUACAGCAGCGUUACCUCCCAGUAGAUACACAAGCGAAAAUAAUGACAAAGAUCCAAAAGAGGCAUUCAAUGAAAUACCCUGCUUGUCCGUUGGAGGAAUAUGUAUGAAUACUUCUGACUGUCCAGAAGGUAAACGCUCUCAAUACUCUGGAUUAUGUCCUGUACAGCAACGAAUGAGCGUCGAAUGUUGUCACUCCCUGCCAAAAUCAGAAAAGAGAUGCCGUCAUCGUGGCGGCAUGUGUAUGGCUAACGAUUCAUCGUGCCCGGACUAUCUCACGUACAAAGGAGCAAAAGAUUUUUACAGCAAAAAAAGCCAGGCGAUUAUAUGCUGUUAA